AAUGAAUACUUAACGCCAAUAACUUUCUAAUUUUGGUAGACGCACGGAAUCUUACACAUACGAUAGAAUAUCAGCACUGUCUAAAAGUCAUUCAGAUUGCAGAAGUGAGAAGAUACAGGUUGGUACUAAAAUUUAGAUUUGGCACGUGGUAAUUUCAUUUUAUUUUAAAAAUAAAUUGAAAUAACAAUAAACAAAAACGCGUGGCUUAUACAAAAAAAAAUACACAAAAUAAACGGAUUACAAAGAAUUUUAUAUGUACAUUCUUAGAAGGAAGGAAGUCUUGUCAUUAAAAAAAAUAAAUUAAAUGUUAAUGCAAGGUUACUAGAAUUGCAUACAACGGUGAAACAAAAAAUUGAGCUAUGAAUAAGUUCGAAGUGCAAACAAUAGAAGGGAAACGAUUGGAAAAAUUUAUUUUUUUAGGGUCGAUCACUAAUAGCAUUAAAAAACUUUAGCGAAGGUGAUUUAAUAUUCGAAGAAGAACCUUUUGUUUCUUGCCAGUUUUCUUGGAAUAAAGCAUACAGAUACGCUGCGUGUGAUCAUUGUAUGCGACCAUUAGAAACAGCUCAGGAAAACGUUCGGAGACUUUCUAACAAUAACACAAUUGUGCUGCCGUAUCCUGAACAUUGUCCUACAAAAGAAUGGAAGGAUCAAUUCGUAGAAUGUACGGAAUGUCAAAUCCAAUAUUGCUCAGAGGAUUGUCGUGUCGAAGCAUUUAGGAAAUAUCAUAUGACUUGCUGCUUAGGUGCAUUUAAAGAUGAUGACACACAUCCCGUCAACAUUUUAAACGAAACUUGGAAGAAAAUGCAUUACCCCCCCGAAAGUGGAACUAUAAUGCUAAUUGUUCGGUUAAUGGCAAUGUUCAAGCAGAGUAAGAAUAAAGAGGAAUUUUUAGAGACAUUACGUUCGUUUCAAAGUAUAAUAGUUAACGAAGAGCAACAAAUUUGCCAUAAGAUGUUAGGAACACAAUUCGAAACUCAGUUCAAAAAAUUAUAUGAAGCGUUUCAUAAAGCGUUUCAAAGUAAAGAAUUUGAAAUGUUUUUAACAAAAGAAGCAUUCACAUCGCUAAUGGCUUUAAUAGGAACUAACGCACAAGGGAUUGCUACAAGCCCUUUUGGCGAAUGGGUGAGAAAAGUGACAUCGUUAAAUUUAAGCUUAGAUAUUCAAAAAGAAGUUGAUGACUUUAUAGAUGACAUUUACUCUAAACUAAGCGAUUUUGCUGGAGAUUUUUUAAACAAUGAGGGUUCUGGUUUAUAUGAGAUUCAAAGUAAAAUAAAUCAUAGUUGUAUUCCGAAUGCUCAAUCAAGUUUUCCAUAUUCAAAUGAUAUUUUAGUACUGAAAGCUAUAAAACAUAUUCAAUCAGGAGAAGAAAUAUGUGUUUCAUAUUUAGAUGAGUGCCAGCUCAUGAGAAGCAGGCACUCUAGGCAAAAGAUUUUAAAAGAUAACUACUUAUUUAUUUGCAAAUGUCCAAAGUGCAUUGAACAAUCUAGCGAUCUUAGUGAAACUAGUGAUGAAGAAGAUGAAAAUGAUAGUUUAUACGAAAAUGAUGAUGUCGAAAUGAAUAAAGAACGAUAUGAAGAUGAUAUGAAUGAAUAAUUUUUAUGAUUAUAAUAUGUACAUAUAGUAUAAUUAUUAUGUUUUAAUUCACUUUUAAAUUUUGUUCAUACAUUAUAAUAUUCUUUUACCUAA